GAGUUUGCAGACACCGUCCAAAAUUUCUGUUUAUUUUUGUGGUAGCACUCUAACUCAGGCAGACGUCAUUUAUAUGUGAACCUAUCGUUUGUAUUCAAAUUUUAAUGAGAUUUCUUUCGCAGAUGGUAGCUUGAAUGAAAAUGGAAAGUUUCAUAGAAGAAUUCUUUUUGUAUGUAGCCAUCUACAUUCAGUACGCUUAAUAAUUUGUCUUCUUUUGCUAAAAUAAUAAAUAACGCACAAAGUACAGUCGAUUGAGGAUUAUAAGGUAGUAAACAAGACUAUGCCAUUUUAUAAUCCAGACAAACUGGCUAUCAAAUACUACGUGCCCCCUCAAAAAAAAUGGUGCGAAAUCGGUGUUUCCGUAUACCGGGUGGGCGUUGCAAUGUACCAUUCGAGUCUUGUUGUAGAUGAUGUAGAAUGGCAUUUUUGGGAAGGAUAUGGAGUGGAUCCCAUCCCUCGUUAUUUUGAUGCAUUACAAAAUGCUUAUGUAUCAAUAAACCAUGUUCCAUUUGUUACAUACGUACCGAUUGAUCUUGUGAAAAUUCCGCCUAUCAAUGUGGCUCGCAUAUGCGAGCAGCUUGGUGCAUCGCUAUUUUCUGAAUUUACGUAUGACAUAUUAACAUGUAAUUGUAAUCAUUUCACGAACGCAGUUUUAACAAACAUUAAUAGUAGCGUUUUUGGUCUCUGAAAAAUUAAAGUAUGAUUUAUGAUGUACUACUAUAGGUUGGGUUUAGAGUCAAAGAUGCCAAAAUGGAUUAAUCGGCUUGCAUUUACAGCGGAAGCAUUUUGUGAACAGUUUCCCUUCUUGCGUCAGUGGAUUGAUGUUUUACUUAACCGUUCAUCCAUUACCGAUUCCAUUAACCCUUCUUCUAAUGAAAAAAUUGACUGGAAGAAAUAUGAAGAGAUGAUACGCUACGCUAUGGAGGAACAAUUUUCAGCAUCAGAAGAAGACAUAACGUCUUACAACGAACCAUCAACAAAGAAGCACGGAGAAACACCAUCUAUGACCCAAUUAGAUUCUAACAUAUAUAGAAAUGUUUAAUCUCUUUGUUUUGAACCAGACCUUUAUCUUAAAAUUAGUUUCAGUUUCAUAUACACGCUAUAAUAACGGGGAUUUAAUGAAGUUUUAGUGACAGUGUAAACAUUUCGACGCGAAUAAAAAAAUUUAUAGGAGUUAAAAAUCGAAAGAAGGCGCCGUCAACACAACGUUUUGAAUAAAGAUUCGUUUAAUAAAUAUAUUAAAGAAAUCUGUUAUUUUUUCUAUACUUCUAUUGAAGGAUUUGAAUAGAAAUGUAAGAAAAAGAAAGCAACACGAUAAUUUAUACAGAGACGAGUAUUAAGCUUUUUUUAUAAAAAAAAAUGUGUGUUUUUUGUUUCAAGUAAAAAGAAACGCUUUAUAUAAGAUCAAAAUUUAAAGAGACAUGAAUGUAUAAAAAUUUUUGCUUCUUGUCGCCUUGUGUAGUGUGCUUGACUUUUAUUUUUUAAACAAUACAUUCGAUACAAAAAUAUUAAAAUUUUUACAUGAUAAAAAAAAAAAACUUGCUUAGCAUUUGUUUUGUGUACCACGCAGUUAUUAAACAAAUUGAAAAAUGAUAUAGGAUAUUAUAAAACAGAUAAACUCCCGUCACAUACAUUUUUCUUUUCUUCAAUUACAACACUUUAUAUAUGCAAUGCUUGUUGAAUCACCUCAUGUGAGAGAAUCCUCACCAGAAUUUCACGUACCGAAACCAGUGAAAUGCAAAAAACGAUGUCCUGCAAAAUCCCUUGAUUCCAGUGAAAAAAAAGUGACUGUUAAAAAAACUUUUGAUAUAACAAAAGAUAAACAAAUCGUAUUAGACUAUAUGAAAAGUCAAAAUCGUCCAUACAGUUCUCAAAAUAUAUUUGACAAUUUACAUGGAGUGAUAUCCCGUGCACAACUUGAAGCUAUAUUGAGUGAGCUUUCAAUGCAAGAAAACUACAAUACUGCUUCUCUAAUCUGUAAGGAUUACGGAAAAUCCAAGGUAUACUUGAUUCAUCAGGAAGUUUUUCGUAAUGUCAAUGAUCAAGAUAAGGAAGUGAGUACUGAGGAUUUGCAAAAAGUUGAAGACGAUAUAAAAAGCAUACAAAGCGAAAUAAGUGCUCUAGAAACACAAUUAUCGGAAUGUAAAGAUUAUUGGAGUAGUUAUGAUGUUGCUUCGCUUGGGCUACUUUUGGAAAAAGAAGAAAAAGAAGUUAAUGAAAAUAUGAUAGAAUUGGCUCAAUUAAACGAAGAACGAGAAGAAAUGAGCGAUGAGGAUCAAGAGUUAUUACAAUUGUCGGUGGAAGAAAUUGAAGAACUCGAAAUGUUGGCUGAAAACGAAUUGCGCCAAAGUAAAAAACGCAAGUUAAAGUGUUAUGAACUUAUAGACGUGGUCUCCGAGUGUUUAAACAUAUCAGUAUCAGAUGCCGUUGAAUUGUUAGACUUAGAAUUAGACCCUGAUCCUAUGGUUACUGAGCCUUUGGACUAACAAAAACAAUUGACAAAGUAUUUUUGAGGAACGAAAAAAAAUUUUGUCGUUGUUUUUUAAGUUACCUUUUUG